AUGGUAAAGUUUAACGGGGGGAGGGAAAUACAAGGGACUCUGAAGGGUCACGACCAGUUGAUGAAUCUGGUGCUUGAUGAUGUGCAGGAGAUGCUGAGAGAUGACGAAGGCAACACAUCCACCCGCUCCCUUGGCCUCAUAGUGGCUCGCGGAACACUGCUCGUACUUAUAAGCCCACUGGAUGGAAGCGAGGAGAUCGCGAAUCCCUUUAACAACCAGGAGGAGGACUAG